AUGGUGAACCUCGUGUCAUGAUUGGGGCAGAUGCUCGCUCCGACCUGGCUAGCUCUCAGCAGGCAUUCGUCGACCUGUUGGACCAGCCAGCUCCUGCUGCAGCAUUGGACAGAACCAGCAGGAGGGAGAGCAUAGCAGCUGCUUCAGUCCACAGCAGUGCCAGGAUCAACCGGUCUAGAUCACACUCACGGGAGCAUCUGGCGAAUGCCUUCCUGCAUCAGCUGCAUCCACAGCCCAUAUGGACUCCAACAGGUCUCACUCCACGGACAGGCUCCACCACAGCAACCACGACCUCUCUACAGAUAGACUCCACCACAACGCCCACAGCCACUCCACGGACAGGCUCCAUCACAGCAACCACGAUAAUUCCACGGACAGGCUCCACCACCACAGCAACCACGACCUCAACUCAGAGUUUGGGGUCAACUUUUCCUUUAGAGGAGAUGGUGAACGGACCAUGAGCAUGGCCCGCUCCUGCGAUGAGCCCACAGUCAGAGCACCCAUCAGAAGUCUGCGUGCUGACAGCUUCUACUCUUCAAAGGCCCUGUCUUCUCAGCAUAUCUCUGAC